CUUUUAAUUUUAGGCUUUUUCACCCCCCUAGGUAACAUUUCCAUACAUUAAAUCUCAAUAUUGGAAUCCCAUUUCCUUGUGGACAUUAAGCUAUCAUCCAUGGCCAAGACAAAGAGGCUAUGCCUCCUCCUGGCACGGCUCAUGGCGCUUGGUGCCACUCUUUCAGCUGCAAUUGUCAUGGCCACUAGCCAUGAAAAAGCUAGUUUCUAUGCUGUAUCCUUCGAGGCAAAGUACGACAACACGCCAGCUUUCAAGUAUUUUGUGAUCGCGAAUGCUGUUGCUAGUGUCUAUGGGCUUUUGGUUCUUUUUCUUCCUUCGAAGAGUCUGCUCUGGCGAUUGGUCAUUGUCCUGGAUGUGGUUUUCACCAUGUUGGUAACUUCAAGCAUUUCAGCAGCCUUGGCAAUAGCUGAAGUGGGCAAGAAAGGAAAUUCUUCUGCAGGUUGGCUGCCCAUCUGUGCCCAAGUUCAGAAGUACUGUGACCAAGUAAAAGGAGCUCUUAUUGCUGGCUUCAUUGGAGCCAUUAUUUAUCUGUUGCUUCUUCUCUAUUCCAUCCACAAUGUCUGGGACCCUCUUUUUAAGCAGAAUACUUAGAUUGAGGGUCUCAAAGUCAACUGGGUUUCCACCCAGCUUGCUCUAAAUCUUUCUUAGAAGGCACGCCAUAAAGCAUUAUAUAUAACGUUAACCAUUUGCUUUUGGUGACAACUGUUCUGUUAAAUGAUUCUAAGCGACACAAUAUCGGAACUGCUACUGUUUGUUUUUUU